CUCCCAGCGUAUGGUCGUAUAUCUCGUAUUAACAAUCACACCACUUUUAGCUUCGCCUUUAAAAGUGGGAGGGCUGCUCGGGAGAGAGCCGGUAAAACCGCUGAGAGGAGCUGUCUCCGUUACGCAUGGUGCUGAAAGUGCCAUCAUGUGGUCGGUCUUCUUCGUCUUUCUGUCUUACCUGGACAGAAACGUCAUCAAGGGCGACCUGCUGAGUCGCGCUCUGGUGGACGCGGAGAAGGAGAGCGAGGAGAUGUUCUCCUUCAUGCUCAACAACACCUUCUGCGCCAAGGUGUCCAUGGUGAGGGAGAGCUUCUUCCUCUACCAGGUGUCAGACGGAGCCGAGGCGGUCAGCUCCGUCCUCAGCCCGGACGGGAAGCUGGUGGACUGCUCCGUCACAGUGGACCACGUCCAGGUGAAGUCCUUCAUGCACCAGUGCAGGUUGGGAGUGAAGGAGCAGAGAGUUGGAGACGCGCGGCAGAUGGAGACGCGCUUCUUCUUUACGCGCAUGGAUGAAGCCAGAGCGACGUGCAGAGAGUUCAAGGAGAGGUCAAGAGGUGACAGUGAUGAGUCUGUGCUGCAGGACCAGGUGUUAAAAAGAUCUAAGAGAGGCUUCACUUAUCCUGGGACUCUGUGGUGUGGAGCUGGAAACAUGGCUGAUCAUUACGGCCAGCUGGGAAAUUUUGCCGAGACCGACAGCUGCUGCCGGACCCAUGACCACUGCCCUCAUGUCAUCCACGCCUUCUCCUCCAAUUACGGCCACACUAACUUCAAGUGGCACUCCAUCUGUCAUUGUGACUGUGAUAAUGCGUUGAAAGAUUGCCUGAGGAAAGUCAACGACACAUCUUCCAGGGUGGUUGGUCAAGCGUUCUUCAACGUCAUCGGCGUGCCUUGCUUUGAGUUUGCCUAUGAAGAGCAGUGUGCAGAGCGCCACUGGUAUGGCAUGUGUAAACGUUAUGAGAAGUUUCCCAUUGCUGUGCUGGAAGAGGCGGUCCCGUACGACUUUGGCGGUAUCGCCGUCAUCGAUGAGCUGACGUUGGCUCCUCCCAGAGAGAAAGAGUCCAAGAAAAGCGAAGAAGAAGAAGAAGAGAAACCAGAGAGCACAACACAGUCUACGAUGUCAGGUCCUGAAGAGCCUUCGCUUAGAAACGUCGUCACCGCCGCGGAGGACUUCAUCAAGGUCCUCGCUACCGUCUCCACCUCUCAAAGCUCCGCUGCCGAUUCCGAUAAAGGAGAGACGCAAAGCUCAGAGAAGAAGAAGAGGAAGAACACGGGGAAGAAGAAGAAAACCACCAAAAAGCGAAAAGGAAAAGGAAAGGGGAGGAAGAGGAAGCAGAAAGCAGAGGAGGGCGCUGCGGUUUCGCCCUCUGGCGGCAAAGCAGAAGAAGUCAUCGCUCUAAGUAACUUCCUCAGCGAGUCACACAAACACGAGAAAUCAAGUAGAAACACAAACAGAGUUGGUGACGGUGAGUAUAAGCUCGGCAGGAAAGAGCCCUUUAAUGAAGUAAUGAAAGAUGAACCAGCGAUGGAUAAGGAGACCGUUUCCAUUACAUCACCUCCAACGGUCCAGAAGAAACCAGCAGAGUCCACGGAAGAAAUCACUCUUUCUACGCCAACAACCACGACAACUGUUAUUCCACAUGAAGCAACCACCAGAAGGCUCAGAAAGGGGAGGAGAAAGAAGAGCAAGAAAAUCCCUCUUCCUUCCACUGAAGAGGUCGUAAGGAGCACAACAGACAACAUGUCUGUCACCGCCGUCAUUACCAUAAUCCCAAUGGCACAGCCCGAGCAACAAAGCUUUGCUGUCAGCGCUGCCAGUACCCCCAUUGUAAUCUCCAAAGUCAAAAGGAACAGGUCAAAGGAGAGAGGAGACAGAGAGGGGAGGAAAAAAAGGAGGAAACUCAGCUCGGCUUCUUCCAUUGUGGCCGCUGCCCAUGAAAAUUCCUCCGCGGACAAUCUGAAAGCGAUGCCUCUCACCGGGGCUCCCACCGUACCGUCGAUGCCCAUCACAGAGCGGCAGGUUUCACACAGGAUGGACGCUUACGGAGGGAAGACGACUGUCCACGUUACGCCUCUGAGCUCUUCCUUUAGUGUUCUGAAAAGGCAAAAGUCAAAAGGACUGAGAAGCAGAAGGAGGAAAACAGUUUUGCCUCUUUCAAGUGAAAACCCACUUUUUCCAACAGUUUUGCCUCUUUCAAGUGAAAACCCACUUUUUCCAACACUUCCGACUCCGGAGACGAGCGAUGCACUGAAAAGCACUGCAUCUACUCCUGCAGAAGAAACUGAAACUCACCAUGAAUGGAGGCUUUUUACUACCAUCACAGCAGCCCCUACUAUCAUUAGAAAACGACACAGGCCGACAAUCAGACAGCAAAGAAAACCAAGAAAGAAAGCCAUGGCUGCUUCUCUCGGCAAUGGAGUUUCUAUCCCUAAACAAACUGAACAAACAUCAAUGACUUUUACAACCACACCACCCAAAGUAGCCACCACCGAAGAGCUCCAUCUACAUAGAUCUGAAAAGCCCCACAUGACCACCUCAGCAUCUCCCAUCAUGAGUCCUAUUCAGUUAUCUAUUGAGAGAGUGAGAGCACAAUUCAACAGGAAGAAGAGGAGGAAAGCAGCGCGGUCUGUUUUUAGACAAUGAGCCAUGUGGUGCAACAGGAUAUGCUGAAAGAAAAUUUAGCUGGCUAUAGGCUAGCUCCUGUUGAUCAGAUACACUGCUACAUCAAAAAUAUUUACAGUAUAAUGUUUUCUGGUUCAGUAUUUAAAAAUCACAGAGAUGGACAGAAAUCCUAUUUGAUUGUAAUGUGAGAAUCAUGUUUUGUAAUACUGUUUUCUGCACGUCUAUAAUAAAAAUUUCCGAGUGAUUAUAUAUGAAUGUAUCUGACA